AUGGCAUCAGAAGCACCUGUGUGUCUCAUUGAAAAUGCGGAAGGACAACUGAGGCCAAAUCAGCAGGCCCUUGAAAUCCUAUCGGCCAUCACACAGCCUGUGGUGGUGGUGGCCAUCGUGGGUUUCUACCGCACAGGGAAAUCCUACCUGAUGAACAAGCUGGCUGGGAGGAACACAGGCUUCUCUAUGGGCUCCACGAUACAGUCUCACACCAAGGGGAUCUGGAUGUGGUGUGUGCCUCAUCCCCAGAAGCCAGGCCACACCUUAGUUCUGCUUGACACAGAAGGCCUGGGAGAUGUGGAAAAAGGCGACAACCAGAAUGACUGCUGGAUCUUUGCCCUGGCUGUACUUCUAAGCAGCACCUUUGUGUACAACAGCAUGGGAGCCAUCAACCAGCAGGCUAUGGACCAGCUGCACUAUGUGACUGAGCUGACAGAUAGGAUCAGAUCAAGGGCCUCACCUGACCAGGAGGAUGAGGUGGAAGACUCAGCUGAGUUUGUGAGCUUCUUCCCUGACUUCAUGUGGGUUCUGAGGGAUAUGACCCUAAGACUUGAGGCAGAUGGACAAAGCCUCACAGCAGAUGAGUACCUGGAGAAUUCCCUGAAGCUCAAGCAAGGAACCAGCGAAGAAGAUAAAAAUUACUACCUGCCCCGAUUCUGUAUUCGAAAGUUCUUCCCCAGGAGGAAAUGCUUUGUUUUCUGUCCACCCACUGAUUGGAGGAGGCUUUCUGAGCUUGAGAGCCUACACAAUGAUGAGCUGGAUUCUGACUUUGUGCAGCAGGUGGCAGAGUUCUGUUCCUUCGUCUUCAGCUCUUCCAAGGCUAAAGCUCUCCCAGGAGGCGCUGAGGUCAAUGGAGCUCAACUGGGGAUUCUAGUGCAGACCUACUUAGAUUCCAUCAACAGUGGGACUCUGCCUUGUUUGGAGAAUGCAGUGAUGAUCUUGGCUAAGCAUAAGAACCAAGAAGCUGUCCAGAAGGCAACUGAAUGCUACACUGUGAAGAUAGCCCAGAAACUCAGGCUUCCAACAGACACACUCCAGGAGCUGCUGGAUGUGCAUGCAGCCUGUGAGAAGGAAGCCAUCGCCGUCUUCAUGAAGCACUCCCUCAAGGAUGACAAACGGGAGUUCCAGGAGAAACUUGUGGCCACCAUAGAAGAAUAUAAGGAAAAUUUCAUGCAACAGAAUGAAGCAGCAUCUCGCAGUUAUUGCCUGGCUACACUGGAGAAGCUUGCAGAGCCCCUGAGGGAGAGCAUCUCACGUAGAGAUUUCUCUGUUCCUGAUGGGCACAGACUCUACUUAGAGGCCAGAAAGAAAGUUGAACAGGACUAUGAGCAAGUGUCCAGGAAGGGAGUGAAGGCAAAUGAGGUGUUACAGGACUUUCUGAAGUCACAGAUAACUAUAGAAGAUUCCAUCUUGCAGUCAGAUAAAGCCCUCACUGAUGGGCAGAAAGCCAUGGCAGCUGAGCAGGCCAAGAAGGAGGUGGAUGAGAAGGAAGUGGAGCUAAGGAGGCAGCAACAGAAGGAGCAAAAGCAAGUGAAGGAGGCUCAGAAGAUAACCUUGUCAGAAAACAUGGCCCAGCUGGAGAAGAAGUUGGAGAGGGAAAAGGAGAACCUUCUGAGAGAGAAGACUCACGAACUGAAGGCACUAAAAGAACUACUUCCUGAAGGAGUUGGGAAGCAAUAUGAUGACUUAAGAAGGGAAGCAGAGAAAAGAAAAAAAGAGAUUGAAACCAUUUCUAAGAUUGUUGAAUGGGGUGUUUCUGUACUGCAUGACACACUGGUGAACGUACUCAGCUCAACUGUUAGAAGGUUUAUAAGGCAUUUGUAG